AUGAAGGCCGUUACCACCAUCGCCGCGGCGCUCGCCGCCACCCUGGCCCUGUCGUCGUCCACCACCCUCGUCUCGGCUGGUACGAGCGAGGCGCUCUCGUUCCCCCCGGGCCAGGGACGCGCCACGCGCGGCAUCCGCAGCGUCAUUACGGGCCAGAAGAUCCGCAACCACGCCCGCCGUCGCUCCCACGGCGGCAACGCCACCAGGGCGGUCGACGCCGACGACGUCGACAUCGACGAGGCCGACGAGGCCGCGUUUGAGAAGCGCGGCGCCCACGCCAAGACGUGCACCGCCAAGACUGGAAAGCACCACAAGGCCUACCGCGCCCACAGCGGCGGCGGCGACGACAGCUGGCAGCAGCAGUCGUCGUCCAAGAACGAGGAGCACCACAGCAAGAGCCAGUCGCACGAGGACAAGCAGUCGAGCAAGAGCGACAGCAACCAGUCCCACUCGUCGACGUCGUCCAAGGGCAAGGACGGCUCGUCGAAGGACUCGGAGUCGAACUCGUCGUUGUCGUCGUCCGAGUCGUCGUCGUCGUCCAAGGACUCCAAGUCCGAGUCGUCGUCGAGCAGCUCUUCGUCGUCGUCGUCGUCGUCGUCGCACAGCAAGAGCGCGUACAAGCUGGUCAAGUCGUACUCGGGCAACAACUUCUUUGACGACAUGUUUUUCUUUACGGGCAACGACCCGACCAACGGCAUGGUCGACUACGUGUCGCGCGACCAGGCCAACCAGCUCGGCCUGACGUGGCACGACAACGGCAAGGCCAACCUCAAGAUUGGCAACCCGCAGGGCGACCACGCCAAGUCGGUGCGCAUCUCGACCGAGGACAGCUUCACCACGGGCCUCUUUAUCCUCGACGCCGAGCACAUGCCCACCGGCUGCGGCGUCUGGCCCGCCUGGUGGUCCACCCCCGAGGACCCCGCCGGCGGCUGGCCCAACGGCGGCGAGAUCGACAUCAUCGAGGGCGUCCACGACUUUAGCCUCAACACCUACUCGAUCCACUCGACCAGCGGCUGCAACAUCCUCAAGCACGAGCUCGACAUGGUCGGCAAGCUCGCAGAGACCAGCGGCAUCGCCACCAACUGCGCCUCGCUCGAGACCGACAACAAGGGCUGCGGCGUCGCCUCAAACACCCGCGGCGACUUUGGCGUCGAGUACAACAAGAACAACGGCGGCGUCCACGCCCUCUUCUGGGACCAACACGAGGGAAUCAGCAUGUUCUUCUUCCCAAGAGGAAAGAUCCCCCAGGACAUCACCCAAGGAUCCCCCGACCCCAAGAAGUGGGGAAAGCCCCAGGCAAUGUGGCCCGCGACCGAUUGCGAUAUCGAACGCUACUUUUCGACCCAUGUGUCGGUAUUUAGUAACACUCUUUGUGGGACGUGGGCUGGCAGUGGCGCCGUAUGGUCGACGCCCAUGAAAGGCCAGGAAAAGUCCUGCGCGGCCAAGACCGGUUUCUCAAGCUGCUACGACUACAUCAAGAGCGGGCCGAAGCUGGAUGAAGCGUACUGGACGAUCAACUCUCUGAAGGUCUACCAGACGCGCCGACGCCAGUAG